AUGUCAUUCACCACCGAGCGUUUUCUUAUCGAAGCGGUCGAACAAUGUCACCUCUUCAAAAUUAUGAAUUACAUCAAGCACGGUCAUAAUAUCUCGAUCCAAAACAGUCGCGGCCAGAAUUUGUUAAUUCACGUUCUUAAACAGCACAAUUCCCAAGACCAGUUUUUUGAAAAAAAACGUUUCCAAGUCUUUCAAUUUCUAAUUACAGCGUGCAAUCUCGAUCCUCACAUUAUCGAUCAUCAUGGUAAGAACGUUUUCAAUUGGGCAGCAAAUCUGAACUGUACGCAGGAAGCUUUAUUUUUACUCCGUACCUAUCCAGGUGACAUUAAUAUACUCAAUCGAGAUCAAUCCGGUUUAUGUUCGUUGCAUUAUGCCAUCGAACAUGGUAAUGAAAUUCUUGUUCAAGCAAUUGUGAAUUACCUUUUGCAAUAUCGUCUUCGGUUUGAUAUCAAAGAUAAUCAUAAUAACACGCCUGAAGAAUUAGCGAGAAAGCUAGGCUAUGAAGAUCUGGCGGAUUAUUUGGCUGAAACAUCUCGUUCGACUGUUUUUCUGUCGAGAGAAAUACAAGUUGCAUCGCAACGUCCAAUGACGAACAAAUCGAAAAGAACGAUGGCCAGAAAAAGUAGUAUAGCAUCAUCGUCAUCGUCUUCGUCAACAUCAUCAUCAUUGAAUUCAUCGGACAUUCAGAAUUUGAUUGAAGCAAAAAUCGAAUCAGCAAAGAAUUCCAACGAUUGGAAAACAGUGGCAGCUCUAAGGUCACCACGAAAGAAAUCCAUCGAGAAAAAUUCCAAUCAAUUAACAACUCCAAUUAUUCAAAUUAGUCAUCCACCUACAAGAUCAACAACCAUGCUUCCAAAAUUGUCUCCUAUUCAACUUCCAACAUCGUCCACAUCAGGUGGUGAGCCCGUUCACAUGUUAAAUCUCAUGCAGCCACAAAUCUGUCCAUCCUAUCGGCAAUCGUUUGUACCUGAAUAUCAUCAAACAAGUUCACCAGCCAGUCAUCACCCACCACCGAACGUCCAACGCAGGAUGUCGACAACAUCCACACAUCGUUUAGCAUCGCUGACCAAUCAUCGAAAACGGGGUUCGAACGCUAGUCAUGUCAAUGGCACAAUGUUACACAAUGGACAACCCCGUUCAUCUCUGCCACCGAUUACCAAACAACGCAAACAAUCGAUCGCUCCGGUACGCCUAGCCGACAGUGUCGGUAUGUCCAAGAUUCGUUCCAAACAAUUAAUCACUGCUCAGAAUUAG